GAGAAGCCCGGGCUGUUUGUUCCUGUAAGCCGGGAGAGGGGCCCCCACAGUCCGGCGGGCAGGUACACACACGCACGCACACGCACGCUCGCGGCGAGUUCGAGCCCCGCGGCCGCUGUCCGCCCGAGGGCGCCCCCCGUGCCUCUCUAGGCGAAGCAGCGCCCACCCCUGAUUCCUGCUGCUGCCGCCCAGAGGAAAAAGGAGCCUGGAACCUCCACCUCGAAUCCCCCUCCGGCGCCGGGCGCGGCGGAGAGCUGCGGGGUGGGCGCCCAGGGGAGAACGCGGGGAAGAGUUCGCCCUCGCCGAGGAGUUGUCUGAUUGGGGGCGCGGUGCCCGGGCUUCCAGCUCUCGGCGCCCCACGCGCUCGCGCCUCCCGGGGCUGCAGCCCACGCCCGCGUCCGGGGCCCGGCCCGCCGCGCCCGGGAAGCCGAGCUCUCGCGCUCCCGUCCCGGCCCGGCCCGGGGGAAGGAGGUUGUCCCCGGCCGUGGCGCACGGCCGCGCGCUCUUCCCGCACUCUGCGGCCGCAGCUGCCUCUCCAUGGCGUCUCAUCAGCAGUCCCGGAUCCAGGCUUACCUGGAGAAGAACAAGAUCGGUCCCCUGUUUGAGGAAUUAAUGACCAAAUUAAUAACUGAGACACCUGACCAGCCAAUCCCAUUUCUCAUUGACCAUCUUCAGUCUAAACAAAGAAACCGUGGACAACUUCAAAGAACUUUAUCUGGAUCUGCAGCUCUUUGGGCAGAAAGUGAAACAUCAGAACAUAAAGUAACAAGAAGGGAUUUCAGAAGUUAUGAUAAGCCCUGGCAGUUAAAUGCAAAGAAGCCUAAAAAAUCAAAAAGUGACCUUGCUGUGUCUAAUAUUUCUCCACCAUCACCAGAAUCCAAAUCAUUGCCAUGGUCAGUAGAUCAUCCUAAGUGGAACUGGCGGAUUAAACCAGAAAGCCGUGAUUUUGAUGAAUUGAACCACAUCCUUCAAGAGAGCAAGAAUCUGGGAAAAGCCCUUGAGAAUCUGUCUCGAAGUAUUGCAAUUUCAGAUGAACUCGAUAAGGAAUCUGCAGCAUUUAAUUCUUCUCUUCUGAGACCCCGAGUGAUUGGAGAAUGGAUUGGUCGAGAAGAAAAUGAUGCUGAUCCACUAGCCUCUGAAAUGCUACAGCCCCCAGUUCCAAGAAGUAAAAUUGAGCAAUGGGAAAGUGAAGAUAGUAGCUCCAGCCCUGCAGGAAGCUUAAAGGUGGAGCCCAAAACGAAAGGAUUAAAGCAGCAGCAGCAGCAACACAAGAAGCUCCUGGCGGCGAUGCUCUCUCAGGACUCUAACGAGUCUGUCCAUGGCCCUGCCCUGCCUGUAACAGAAGAAGAAAUUGAUAAUGAAGAUGAUGCAAUGGAAUUGCUGGGUAAUUUUAAAAAUUAAUAAUUCCUCUUUUUAUUUUUCUCUGACAUUGUAAAAAUGUGUAGUGACUAAGAGAUUUUAAAGGUAUUGAAUAGUUCUUAGGGGAAAGAAACCACUGAACACAUGCUUUCUUUGCGUUAGACUUUCAUGAAGUUGUGUGUAAGAACUGAGUUGAAACCACCUAUGAAUGUGAAAUAUUUAUUAGCUUGUACUUUGUGCUUUGUAUAUGCAGCACUUUACGUUCUGACUAUUUAAUCAAGCUUUAUUCUGUGUGCAAUUGUUGAUAAACAUUCAAGUCUAUCUGCUUUACAAGUCUCUCAUUAUGGUUGCCUUGAUCAUAUCUUUUGUCUAUAAAAUAUGUCCAAAGUACAUAUUUAAGCCCUCAUUUCAAGAUGUCUCCUGUUGUUUCAAGAAUGAUUUAGGAAAAAUAAAGUAAAACUUACAGGGGCAUAAGUAAAUUGAUGCUUUAUAUCUUCUAUAAAAUGACAUAAUUUUGCAGAGGUUUCAGUGUUUUUUAGGCCCAUUGCUUUCAUGAAAACCUUAUUAAUGUUGUAUAUGUAGGAGAUCUUUUUAUACCUUUUAAUGAAGUACAUAAAUGCUUUUUAUCAUUAGAAAUCUCUGCACUCUGCAGUUUUUUAAACAUUGAACUUCCCUCUGGAAAACCAUUUUUCUAAAAGAAGGAAAUUAAAUUUUAUUUCAGAGUCAUACACAUAUGAAACAAUGCUUUUAAUUCCAUGAUACCAGUUAUUCUAUCCUAAGUAAUUAGAACAAUUUUCAAUUAAUUCAUGACAUUAUACUAGAAAGCAGGUAAAUAAUGUAAUUAUUUGAAAGUUUCAAAUAAGUUUAACAUACUGUAGAAUGAAGAGUCCCAGAAAUAUAAAGACUUUUUUAAAAUUCUUUUUUUCUAAAUCAGCUUUCUGUAUUUUAAGUGGAUUAUGUCAGUAAAAUUUUAUUGUAAUAGAUGAUAUAGGUCUCCAUACAUAGACUUACAAAUGUGUUAUUUUAUCAGCAAUGGAAAUAGACCAAGAUAGCAAUCAUCUGUUUUCUCCCAAAGAUAACGCAUAGAGUUUGAUAAAACUAAUACCAAGCUGUGUUCAGAAAUGGCAUAAAACAGAGUAAUGUCAGGUACCUUUGCCACAUUGUGUUUUCUGAUUUUGUAGUAACUUCAUUCAUUUCAGCAUUGAAGAGAUUAUGUCAUGGUAUUUUCACUUCAUGCUGUUCAUCUUUUAUUUUUUAAGAAUAAUUAGGUCUGGGUAUUCUUAAGGAAUCUUUUCUCCCCACCUCAAGUCAUUAAUGUGGCAGAUGUGCCAGAUGUAGUUAGUGGUAGCACCUUCAUUCAACUUUCAUUCAGCAAACAUUUUUCUGAGCAUUUACUAUGUGCUAAGCACUAGGCUCAGUCCAAGGGACAUAAAAAUAAAGUAAUCAUGGUUUCUGUUUGCAGGAACUUUAUAUUUGAGUGUUGAAGAUAAAAAUGUAAAUAUGUAACUCUAAUAGCUUUUGCUGUAAGUGCUAAUUUGAUUAAGUACACAGUUGUUUAUAGGGAUAACACCUAAAGCAGAAGCAGGGGACAGUGAUCAGGGGAUGUUUCCUAGAGAAACUGAUUCUGCAGGCCAGUUGAGUAUUGGAGGGACAAGAUAAGUUUCAGCAGUCUGUGGUACUUAUCCCUAUAGGUUUGUUCUCAUAAGAAUGGACUCUAACGCAGUUGUGUUCUAUGACUAUGCCUGUAAAUUGUUCCUCUGCUUCAGUCAGUGAAGGGAGCAUGUCUUGAACAGUGACUGUCAAUGGAAGGGCCAGGAUAUUGCCCAUGUCAUAUCAGCGUUGGCAUUUUGGUAUAUGGACAUUGGGUUGUACUCAUACAUUUCUCUCCUUUCCUUGAAAUAAUAGACAGCUCAUGGUCAGCUGAUACCCACAGGCAGGCAAUUUUAUACUCUAUCUUGCAAAGAGAAUCUUUUGAAGAAAGCCAUACAUGAUCAGAAUCACUUGGGGAUUCCUGAUAGCCUAAGGAAUAUCUAAUCAGAGUAGAGGAAAUCAUAUAACCAGUGAUAUCAAGGGAUUUUUUUAAGGAAGCUAUUGUGUCCAUGCAGUAUUGGUACUCCCUAGAUUUUAGCUCCUCUAUUCUGUAGUCUCUAGUAUCCCAAGCUGAAGACCAGAGGACUGGGUUUUUGAGACUAUCUAAUAUGAGCAAUUAUUAGCUGGUCCUCAUUACCUUUUUUUCAUUUUGACAUUUUAAUAUGUGUUCUAAACAAAUUUCAGAAUGAUUGUCGAAAGUUUGGACUUUCUCCAUGUAGUUCCACGAAUCUCUUAUCUCAGCAUGGGUUACUGGUGAUGUACUGAGACUUGUCUCUAGUUGUGAGAUUUCCCUGCAAUAACAUGGGAUAUUCUAACUUACUGGGCUCUCCCCUAAAAUACUGCCAUAUGCAACCCUAUUGCCUCAUUGUUUCAGUGAACAAAGGUCAUAUAGCAGAAGAUUGUGUACAAAAGAUUGUUUUGCCCAGAAAGUUCAUCAGUUAAGUUCAGUGUUAUUUGGAUAUGAAAUAUUUUUAUUUUUAAGGCCCAAAUAGUUCUAUUAACAUGACUCCAAUAUUUUUAAAAUGUUUUUAAAAUAUAGACUAGUGUAUUCAGAAGAAAUGUAUAUAAAAAUUCAUGACUUAUAAUGUUACUUAUGCCUUUAAAUACAGUAAUGGCUCAUCUCUUACAUGAAAUCAAACAAAUGUACAUGACUAAUAUCAGUUAAUACAACAGUUAAGAGUUUUUUCAGUCAUGGUAUAGUAAUGGAUAAAUAUGUGAAGUAUGGGUAUAAAAUAAAAUUGUUAUUAAGUUAUUUGAUUUUAAGACCUGCCAUCUUUAAUAGCUAUGUAUAUCUCUAUUAAUGUCCAUUGGAUUUCAAGUCCUACACUAAUUAACUGAUGAAAUAUUCUUAAAUCAGCUUAGAAACUAUACAAUACCUACUUUCCUAAUCCUUUUAAUAUUAGAGGUCCAUCAUUUUGUUUAGUAUUAAAUAAUUUUAAGACAAUACUUUUGAAACUCUGAUUCCAGAGAAACAUAUGUGAUUGUACAUAUUUGAGGAAAAUACAGACACUAAGUUCUUGAAAUUUUAUUAGAAAUAAAAAUUUAGAGCAAAGAAUCUUUGUAAAAUACAAUACCAGAUAUUUGGUAUUUAAAAUAUAUUUUUUAAUCUACAACAUUGUGUAAAAUGAGUUUGUUAAAGGUUAUGUGUUUUAAGGGUUUAAUUUGUUAUUGUUGUUUAUACAAGGUAUAACUAGCUGAAACAUUUCUUUCUUAUGCAUAGGAAGCAGUCUGUAUACUUUGUGAAGUGAUAAUAAUUAAAAAGUAUAAUUUUUAUUUAAUGUUAAUAUAACAAAGAAUUAUUCCACAGUAAAAUUGGUUGAUUUGAAGAGGGAAAAAAAGCCUUAUAGUUAAAUUAGUAGAAGUUAGCAAAACUGUUGACCCUUGUUUUGUUUGGUAAAAAAUAUAACAUUGUUAAUAAUAUAGAUUAGUAUUUAAUUAAUAUUGAUUAAUAUUAAAUU